UUCAAGUCGAAGAACAAGCAACACUUUCUGGACAGUGAGCAUGCGGCAAAACAAUUGGACGAUGCAUUGCCACUUAACGUAAACGAACGGCAGGAAUUGAUACGAAUUUUGGCUGAUUUUAUUGUUGAGAAAUUCGGGUUCAAACCUUCAGCGUAUCAAAAAUCGUCAGUAGCCAAGGCCACAGUUAUCAUCUUCCCUCGUCUGAAAUACAAAAACAGCACGACUGGUGGAACAGAUUUACUGAUCAAAGGAGAUAAUGGCUGGUUGAAUAAAAGAAUAAAAUACCUUCGAGAGGUGAAAAACAAGUUGGAUAAGAGUGCAAUGAAUCAGCUUAACGUGAGUCAGUCCAAUCAAGACAGUGCGAUUGAGCCAAAUAUUGAAAAUGAAUCGACUGCUAAAGAGGAUGUGGUGUUUUUGAAAUCAUUGAUUGUCACGGAAGAAAAUAUGGCCAUUUUUGCUGAAAAACUCAACUUCACCCGUGAAUAUCGACUGAAGCUACUAUUGGAUAAGGAAAUUCACUUGAAGGAAUGGUUUCCUUACUUUUUCACGCAUCCACAGCUGAUUUUGAUGGAAUUUUCUCAAGCAAAUCCCACAGUCAAUGCAUCUGUUUUUGUGAACGAGUGGCCAAGCAUUAGCCAGCAACUACGUGGAAUUUUGGCUAACCACUACAAACAGAAAACUUUCAAAACUGAUUGGUCGGCUGAAAUUGAAGACGUUUUGGUUGUAUUGAAACUGUUUCCUACUAAUCAAGUUGGUCGCAAUGUCAUUGCAUCGAUUCCGAAUUUCAAUAAAUCGAUGAAUCAAUUCAUUCACUUUGAACCGCUGAAUGCAGCACCGUUGCCGGGAAAAAAAGGGUUUCCACACAUUGUCGCAUGCGGCACUUCCAUGAAUGAUAUCAAGUACUAUUUUAUUCAAAUUGAAAACCUAGUUUUUCCAGUAAGUGAAAUAAAUUUAGUGUGA